AUGGUGAACAGCUAUAAAACAGAUGAAAGCAGUGGGUUGGUUCUUCUUUCAGGUAACUCUCAUCCUGACUUAUCAAGAUUAGUAUCUGAAAGAUUGGGUAUUCGAUUGGGUGAUGCUACUGUAUACAAUAAAACAAACAGAGAAACCUCAGUUGAUAUCAAACAGUCUGUUCGUGGAAAACAUGUCUUCAUUCUACAAAGUGGUUCAAAAAAUGUUAAUAAUGACAUAAUGGAACUUCUUAUUCUCAUCUAUGCUUGUAAGACAUCGAUGGCUAGUAACAUAACUGUUAUUAUGCCUUAUUUGCCUUAUUCCAAACAGUGUAGAAUGUUCAGAAGAUCUUCAAUCCCAAUGAAACUGGUUGCAGAAAUGAUUGGUAAAGCAG